CCCAGCCUCCUCCCGCCGCCCAGGAGGGACGUGGGUGUCGCGACCCAAGUUUCUGCGGCUCUCUCCUCUCCAGCACCCACCCAGCACCGCAGAAUGAAGGUUCUCCUCCUCAUCUUCUUUGCCCAGCUUGGCUCCACAUCACUGGUCCCUGAGAGGGAGAAGGACCCCGAGUACUGGAGGGCACAGGCACAGGAGACCCUGCGGGAGGCUCUGAGGCUCCAGCAUCUCAACCAGAACGUGGCCAAGAACCUCAUCCUCUUCCUGGGUGAUGGGAUGGGAGUCUCCACCGUCACGGCCGCCCGCAUCCUGAAGGGGCAGCUGCAGAACCGCAAGGGCGAGGAGAGCCUCCUGGAGAUGGAGAAGUUCCCCUACGUCGCCUUGGCCAAGACCUACAACACCAACGCGCAGGUGCCGGACAGCGCGGGCACGGCCACCGCCUACCUGUGUGGUGUCAAAGCCAACGAGGGGACAGUGGGUGUCAGUGCCGGUGUCACCCGGGACCGCUGCAACACCACCAAGGGGCAGGAGGUGACCUCCAUCCUGCGCUGGGCAAAGGAUGAAGGCAAGGCAGUGGGCAUUGUCACCACCACCCGGGUGACCCACGCGACACCCAGCGCUGCCUACGCCCACUCUGCCAACCGUGACUGGUACUCGGAUGGGGAGAUGCCCCUGGAUGCCCUGGAAGGUGGCUGCAGAGACAUUGCCCGGCAGCUGGUGGAGAACAUCCCUGACAUCGAGGUGAUCUUGGGUGGGGGAAGGAAAUACAUGUUCCCCAAAAAUGCCAGCGACGUGGAGUAUCCCCAGGAGGACAAACACCGAGGGACCCGCCUGGACCGCAGGGACCUGGUCCAGGCCUGGCACGAUGCCAAACCCCGUGGCAAGGUGGCCAAGUACGUGUGGCACCGGCGGGACCUGCUGGCACUCAACCUCAGCCGUGUGGACUUCCUUCUGGGUCUCUUCGAGCCCGGUGACCUGGUGUACGAGUUGGACAGGAAUAACGAGACGGACCCGUCCCUGACCGAGAUGGUGGGGGUGGCCAUCAGGAUGCUCCAGAAAAACCCCCGAGGGUUCUUCCUCCUGGUGGAAGGGGGUCGGAUCGACCACGGGCACCACGAGGGGAAGGCAAAGCAGGCCCUGCAUGAGGCAGUGGAGCUGGACAGAGCCAUCGGGCUGGCCUCCCGCCUGACCUCCCCCAGGGACACCCUCAGCGUUGUCACCGCUGACCACUCCCACGUCUUCACCUUCGGGGGCUACACCCCCCGUGGGAACCCCAUCUUCGGUCUGGCCCCGAUGCAGAGUGAUGUGGAUCGCAAACCUUUCACCUCCAUCCUCUAUGGGAAUGGCCCUGGGUAUAAAAUUGUGGCAGGGGAACGAGAAAACGUCUCUGCUGUGGACUUUGCCCACGCUGACUACCAGGCUCAGUCGGCCGUCCCGCUGCGCCAGGAGACCCACGGGGGGGAGGACGUGGCUGUUUUUGCCCGUGGGCCCAUGGCCCACCUGCUCCACGGGGUCCACGAGCAGAAUUACAUCCCCCACGCCAUGGCUUACGCCGCCUGCAUCGGCCCCAACCACGGCCACUGCAGCUCUGCCACCCGCCCUGCCACCACCCUCCUGCCCUUCCUCCCCCUCCUCAUCCUCCUCUCCUAAA